GGGUCAGUGUUUGUUUCAGAGAGUUUCUGAACUUUGAUCAGAUCAGAACAAACAUGGCGUCCGUCAGCAGAGAAACUAAGUGGCUCUCCUUCUUAAUACUCAUCAGUGCUUCUUUCCCAGCAUGCACCGGGUUCACUGGAGUGUCCCAUGAAGGAAGCGUGUUCGUAGACCGUCCUGACGCCAACGUUUUCCUGCGCCGCAGUCGUCGGGCCAACUUCCUGCUGGAGGAGCUGAAACAAGGAAACCUGGAGCGAGAGUGCUACGAGGAGAAGUGUUCGUACGAGGAGGCCCGGGAGAUCUUCGCUCUGCCUCAACAGCUGGAGAACUUCUGGAGGACCUACACAGCUGUGGAUCGCUGCCUGUCGUCUCCCUGUCAGAACGGCGCCACCUGUACUCGCCACGUCGACACCUACACAUGCAAAUGUCCACCAAGGUUUCAUGGACUCAACUGUGACAGAGUGCGCUCCACGUCCAACGGCUGCCGCUACAAGAACGGAGGAUGUGAACACUUCUGCAGGGAGCGUCCCGAUCGCUCCCACAGCUGCUUCUGUGCCCCAGGCUACGCUCUGGACGGGGACAACAGCACCUGCCUGCCCCAAGAUGGAGUCGUCUGUGGAAGACCGCUGGUCCACUUUGCCCCAAGGGUUGUUAACGGGCAGAUCUGCCCCAAAGGCCACUGUCCGUGGCAGGCGCUGCUGACUGAACACAACACCUUCACCUGUGGUGCCAUCGUCCUGACGGAUCAGUGGGUGCUAACAGCGGCUCACUGCGUUUGGCUCAAACCUAUCGCCAUCUUCCACAUCACCGUGGGAGAACACGACCUGAAGGAGGACGAGAAGACGGAGCAGAAGCGACGGGUCCUGAAGGUCGUGAUCCACCCCGGCUACAACCAGUCCACGUCCGACAGCGACCUAGCGCUGCUGAAGAUCCACCGCCCCGUCAAACUGGGGCGCCACGUGGUCCCCAUCUGCCUCCCGGCCCGGAACAGCACCUUCAUCCGGACGCUCGCCACCGUCCGCCACUCCACCGUGUCCGGCUGGGGCCGCCUGGCCCAGUCCGGCCCCCCCGCCAGGUUCCUGCAGCGCCUGGAGCUACCGAGGGUUCCGCUGCAGGAGUGCCGCCUCCACACGCAGCUCAACAUCACCAGGAACAUGGUCUGCGCCGGGUACAGGACUGGAGGCCGGGACGCCUGCGAGGGCGACAGCGGCGGUCCUCUGGUCACCCGCUACAAGAAAACCUGGUUCCUGACGGGCGUGGUGAGCUGGGGCAAGGGCUGCGCCAAAGAAAACAUGUAUGGCAUCUACACCAAGGUCAGCAACUUCCUGGGCUGGAUGGAGGUCGUCAUGUUUCAUUUGUUUGGAUUCUCUAACGGUGGUGGGGGACAGGACGCUGGGGGACGGACUUUGAAACCUUCAUGUCCUCAAACAAGCAGCAGAUCCUCUGAUGAAGCAACAAUGUGGCUGAGAGUCUUCGUCACCUUCGUCUUCGGCCUCAGCGGCUGCCACUCGGCUUCAGUCUUCCUGGAUCCGGAGCGAGCUCAUGGGGUCCUGGUCCGGACUCGGCGCUUUAACUCGGGCUGGUUCGAGGAGCUGCAGGCGGGCGACCUGAAGAGGGAGUGUCUGGAGGAGAAGUGCUCGUACGAGGAGGCCAGGGAGGUUUUCGAGCACACGGAGCUCACGGACGAAUUCUGGAAUAUGUACAACAUCCCAGAGACCUGUAAGUCCAACCCCUGUCAGAACGGAGGCAGCUGCUCGGCUCAGGCGUCGUCCUACACCUGCCUCUGUCCGCCGCAGUUCAUCGGACUCAACUGUGAACUCGAGACGCUGGCCGAACCCAAGACGUGUCUGCUGGAGAACGGAGGCUGUCAACAUUUCUGUGAAGAAGACGAGGAAGGACAAAGACUCAACUGCUCGUGUGCAGACGGCUACUUCCUGGACGGCAACGGACGCAACUGCACCGCACAAGAGGAGCUAGCGUGCGGCAUGGUGCCCGUCCUGAAGGGUGUAAAGAAAGACGAGCACCUCCGGAUCGUGGGAGGAACCGUGUGUCCGAAAGGAGAAUGCCCCUGGCAGGUUCUGCUGGUGUACAAAGGAAAGGGGUUCUGUGGGGGAGUGAUUUAUAAACCCACCUGGAUCAUCACGGCCUCACACUGCCUGGAAAACACAGACGUAAACUUCCUGAAAGUGGUCGCAGGUGAACACAACACUGAGGUGUCUGAGGGGACGGAGCAGGAGAUCCAGGUCGUCCAGAUCCUGAUGCACCAGGACUACGUGCCGACCACGGCCGACAACGACAUCGCCCUCCUCCGCCUGGCGUCGCCCAUUGCCUACACGCCUUACGCCCUCCCCGCCUGCCUACCCACGAGGCCUCUGGCCAACCGCGAGCUGUGGGCGGUGCGCUUUCACACCGUUAGCGGCUGGGGUAGGCGCAGCGAGAACGGGCCGACCUCGCACCUCCUCCGCCGCCUCAAGGUGCCCCGGAUCCGGACCCAGGACUGUGUGGAGCAGAGUCAGGUGACGCUCACCCACAACAUGUUCUGCGCCGGGUACAUUGAAGGCCGGGAGGACUCGUGUAAGGGGGACAGCGGUGGGCCCCUGGUGACGGACUACAAGGGGACGGUGUUCCUGCUGGGCAUCGUGAGCUGGGGCAAAGGCUGCGCCCGGCCGGGUAACUACGGCAUCUACACCCGAGUGUCCAACUACCUGGAGUGGAUCCACAACAGGACGGCAACACCGGCACACCUGCAGAACACAACCCAGGGCUCAGAGCACAACCUGACCACCUGAGUCUAACCUAGCCUAGCUUAGCCUAAUUUAGCAUGAAAGAUUCACUGUCUGGUUUCAUUUAAACAGACAGGAUCGGGUUCUGUUUCUCUCUGUGUAACUGGAUAAAAAAACCUUAAAGUGUGGCUUAGCCUAGCCUAGCCUAGCCUAGCCUAGAUUAGACUAGCUUUGUAUACCAGAUAACCGUUCACUGUUUGGUUUGAUUUAAACUGUAAUUUAAACUGAAAAAUAUUUCGAAAUACUUUGAGUAGUUUUAAUGUGUAGCUUAGCUUAGCUUAGCAUGUAAAAUAAUGUAUUAUUUGGUUUGAUUAAAACUGAUGUAACUGAAUAAAAACACGUGGAAACAUUUUGAGUAGGAGUAUUUACACUUAAUGUAACUUUAUGUGUAGCUUAGUUUAACUUAGCAUAAUCUAUUGUAGCUUACUACAGUAUAGAAUAAAAACACAUGAAACAC